AUGCAGUCCCUCCUCAACGGCGCAGACUGCUCGAGCGGGUCAAACCCCCUCAACCAAGUCCUCAAGCGCGAGGGCGUCGACAACUCUCUCUUCCGCGACCGCGUCAGCUCCCCCGGUGCUGGCUCCUCUUCCCAAGCUGCGUUCCGUCCCCUCGGCGGUGUCCCGCAGGCUGCCCAGCAUGGCCAGGCGUCGGCCGUCCCGCACCCGUUCAACCUCUCGCACUUGUCCCAGGCGCUUUCGCAGCCUGGGCCAGCAAUGCAAAUGCCGAUGCACCAGCCCCAGCGCGCCGUCCCGGGACCCGACAUGAACGCCGAGUGGGAACGCUUCCGUUCACAGCAGCAGCAGGGCCAGUGGUCCCGAAACGGCUCGGCCUCGCCACAGCAGUUUGCCCCGUCUCCCGUGUCGGGCGGCUCGGCGUGGGCAGAGUCAUUCUCCACUGGCAAGGGCAAGGGCCGUCAGGUCGACUUUGACUCGCCAGCCCACCAGCUCCAGCAGCAGCAGCAGCAAAUGUACUCGAUGCCGCCCAACCCGUUUGCCGGUGGCAUGGGUAUGCAGACGUACCAGCCCCGUCUGCAGCCCAUGUACGCCCAGCAGCUCCAGCAGCCGACUGCCAUCCCGGCCGGUCACGCUGAGAUGGAGGCGGCGUUUGAGGCUGCGCUCGCCGACGCGCGUGCCCAAAACGACGUCCAAGAGGAGGCAGAGGCCAAGGAGGCUACAGUCGAGGAGAAGCCGAUCGAGUCUGAGCCCGAGGUGACGGAGACGGAUUUCAAGGGCGACCUGGACGCCGUUUGGGAGAGCCUGAAGCCCGAGGCCGAGCGUCUCAACCAGCUUGCAGAGUGGGAGGCCGAGUUUAGCCAGUUUGUCGAUGGCCAGGACGACACUUUUGACAUUCUCGAGAACGAGCUCAAGCGCGAUGACCUGGGACAGGCGGGUCUCGACGAACAGAUGGAGUUUGGCACCGGCGCUGCUCUUCGUGACGAAGCCCCCCUCACUGAGAAUGGCCUCCCGCCUCCCGUCGAGUACCAGUUUACCAACCCGAACAAGUACGACUCGCUUGCUCCCGUCGCGGCAUGGCACGAGGCCACCAACGUGCUGUCCGCUGGCGGCGCGCUGUCGGACGGCGCCCUGCUGAUUGAGACGUUCUUGCGCCGCGCGACCGACGCAGAGGUUGCUCAGGCCGGCGUAACCAGGUCCCAGGCAUGGGCCGUCCUUGGCCGUACCCAGGCCGAGAAUGAGAUGGAAGACAAGGCACUUGCGGCAUUUGAACAAGGCCGCAAGACCAUCAUGGAGCCUGGAGCCGACCGUGCCGCCGGAGAGUUGCUCACCAACCUCGCCAUCUCGUAUGUCAACGAGUCGCUCGACUUGGCUGCCCUCACAACCCUGCACCAGCUCCUCCAGGUCCUCCACCCGACCCACGCUGGGCCCGAGCCCUCGCGUUCCGAGUUUAUCUCGUCUGACAACCCCUGGGCGCUCCACCAGCGCAUGACCGAGCAGUACCUCGGCCUCGCGCGCGACCAGUACGCCAAGGGUGGCUCCGUCGACCCCGAUGUCCAGGUCGGCCUCGGCACGCUCUACUACAUGCAAGGAGAGUAUGGCGAGGCCCGUUCAUGCUGGGUGGCUGCUCUGGGCGAGCGCCCCGACGACUACCUGCUCUGGAACCGUCUCGGCGCGACUUUGGCCAACGGCGGUGACCCCGAAGAGGCCGUCGACGCAUACCGCCGCGCCCUCGAGAUCAAGCCCACAUUCACCCGCGCGAUCGCCAACCUCGGUGUCGCGUGCCUCAACAUUGGUGUGCACCGCGAGGCUGCCGAGCAUUUCCUUGCUGCCCUUGCCCUCCAGCCCAACGAUGGCGGCUCAUCCGCGCCCGAGGCAUACUCGCUCUGGGCGACUUUGCGGCGCGCCCUCGUGGCCCUCGACAUGCCCGCCCUCGCCGACCAGGCUCGUCCCGGCACUGACCUGAACGUGUUCCGUUCGGCUGGCUUCGAGUUCUAG